CUGAAAAUGGUUUCUGUUCUUGUGUUGCAGAUAAAAUCGAAGAGGCACAGAAAGAGCUUAAAGACCCCAAAGGCCCACAGAAAGGGAUAUCUGAAAGCAGUCGAAGAAAUGCGGAUAAUAUAAAAGGCCUGAAGAGGAAGAAGGUUGUUGCAGAGAAUCAGCUGAAGAAAAUUCCCAAAUCUCCGGUGAAGAAACCCCUGCAACUGAAAACAUCAGAAACUGCUCUCCGCGGAUCAUCCUCCAAGGAAACGACACCUUCUUGCUCCUCUUCCUCCAACAGUCCUUCCCACAACCCUUCAGCAUCGCCCAGUGAGAGAAGAGACUCCCAGUAUGGCCAACCAGUUGCAGCAUCCCCGGACAAGGGGUCGUGUUCCACUGAUGCUGAAAGGCUGAAGCAGGAAAAAAAGUGUUCGAGGCCGCCGUCACUUGAGCCCACAGAUGGUGAGGACGGCUCUUUGAUUACAGAUAAAGUGACUCAGCCAAAAGACAGCAAGAGCCAAGAGCCCAGCUUUGAGGGGGAGCCUUACCACAGCAGUGCUCCGCUGGAUGUCCUGCUGAAGGCCAUGGAGCCGGACUUCAGUACUCUGGCUGAGAGGAAAAACUCCAUACAGAUCACAGCCAUUGGUAAACCGGCUGCCACCCUCCAUGCUCAGUCCAGUGGUGAAGUAACAACAAUGCCAGCUGUCAAUGUUGGACUCCAGACCCAACCUCCCCACAUGCAGACCUACUACAUUGACAAACAAGGCAACUUCAUUGGCAUUGCAGCACCACUACAAGGAAACGUGCAGACGCCCACGCAGGGUGCGCCGCAUUUUAUGCCCGUCGCUUCCAAUCCAGAAAAGCCUAGCUUACACAUGAACUUCAGUGCUGGACCAUCCACUAUAACGCACGCACCUGUUCCCUCAGGCUCCAAUGCUUUGCCACAAAGCCAACCGCCAGUUGUGCACACAUGCCAGUCCCUCUCAGCCAGUGUUCCCAGCACCAUUCAGGUCCCAGUUACACCUGGCAGCAACCAAGUUCAGAUGACCACUGUGAUGAACUUUGGCGCUGAACAGGUUUCCAAGGACCAAAAGCCGAAGAAGCCAGGAAAGUACGUUUGUGAAUACUGCAACCGGGCAUGUGCAAAACCCAGCGUACUACUCAAACACAUCAGGUCUCACACCGGAGAAAGACCAUAUCCCUGUGUUACCUGUGGCUUCUCGUUCAAAACCAAGAGCAACUUGUACAAGCACAAGAAAUCGCAUGCUCAUGCCAUAAAACUGGGUCUGAUUGCACGCUCUGAAUCUGGAAGUGGAUCGCUGUCUCAAGAAUCUGACAAAGCCAUCGGGACACAUUCGGAGGAGAGUGGGGAGAGCGAUGAGGAAGGUAGCACUGCAGACUUGGACCCAGACUCGUCACAGAGCAGCGUGGCAGCUUUGUCUGAAAAUAGUUUACAGAGUGCUGGUACAACACAAGCAAGUCAUGGGGAUGUGGACUCCUCAGGUGUGUUUGAGUCGGUCAAGCCACCUCCAGGUCAGAGGGCUCAUGAGCCUAAAGUGACAGCUGCACUUCCAAAAGUUGUCGUGUACCCAGUGAAUGUUUCCCCUCUGAGGGCAGACAGUCCAAGAGUUACAGGUGCAGCACCUGAACAAGCUGCCGCACAGCGACAACGAGAGUUCCAGACUGCAAACCUGAGAUCAACCAUCACAGUCCUGUCGUCCCUGAAAGAGGUGGACGGUACGCAUCCUUCACUGGACACUGUGAGUGAAGAUGAAGACCACCAGUGCAAGUCCCCGCUGCUAGGUGGACAUGCUCAGCUUCAGCGGCAGCAAGCAACAGACUUUUCUCAGCAGCAGCAGCCCAAAUGUCUCCUCAGUCCUCGCAGUUUGGGAAGUACAGAUUCUGGCUACUUCUCGCGGUCUGAAAGUGCCGAUCAGGCCAUGAGUCCACCCAGUCCGUUUGUAAAGAUCACUCCACCCAUAGACGUUGACAUCGCAAAGAAUACUCUUCCCAACGUCCCUCCUGUGGUGGCUACAGUAAUGCAUGUAGCAGCUGAGCAGAGGCCACGGCCCACUGAAGGACAGAUGCGUCCACCAUUAGAAGCCAGCGCACGCUCUUUGGAGGAACGAAUUUCAAAGCUGAUAUCUGAUAACGAGGCAGUAGUUGACAACAAGCAGCUGGACAGCGUAAAGCCAAGGAGGACCUCUCUGUCAAGGAGAGGCAGCAUAGACUCCCCUAAAUCCUACAUAUUUAAAGACUCUUUUCAGUUUGAUCUCAAACCAAUGGGACGAAGGUCAAGUUCCAGUUCAGACAUCCCCAAGUCCCCUUUCACCCCCACAGAUAAAUCAAAGCCAGUAUUUCUUCUCUCCGUACCUUCUCAAUACCCUCCAAUGGAUUGUUUGCCAAUAACAAGGAGUAACUCUAUGCCGACUACACCUGGACACUCUGCUCUUCCCCUUAACGUGGUCCCCCAUCCUCACCCUUUGCGAAUCUGUCAGUCAUUUGAUGACAAAAUUAGUUCGUUGAAUGACGAUGUGUUUUCAUCAGCACCAUCAACCCCAAACCCUGCAAUACAUUCUCGUACUUUGGUCAGACAAGCAGCAGUAGAGGACUUUUCCACAAGUGAGGGCCACAGCCUCCCUACUGUGCGAUCCAUGGAUGAAGGCUACCAUGGUCCAAGCAGCUCUGCAGAACAGAUGCAGAGAAGCAGAUCUUUUGAGCACAGUCAGGACAGAAACAGAAAGCCUCAGCAAAAUAAAGGCACGAUGUACGAGUGUGAAACCUGUCGUAAUCGGUACAGAAAGCUGGAGAAUUUUGAAACUCAUAAGAAAUUCUAUUGCUCUGAGCUUCAUGGUCCAAAAAACAAGCCAAUGGCUGUUAAAGAAACCGAUCAAGAUGUUUUUCAAGGUAACAUACAGCAUCCCAUAGUCGCAAGAGCGACUGGUGGCUCGGGAAUACUUGAUCAACAGACAUCAAUUAGGAAGAGAAGGAAAAUGAAAAGUGUUGGCGAUGAGGAUGAUCAAUCUCCGACUGACACCAUUCCACCUUGUUCGGUUAGUUUUGAGCUACCAACAGCUCUGGCAAAUAGGACUUUUACUCAGCAUGCUUUAAUUGUAGACAUACAGCCCAAAAACAACCAGCCCAAACUACCUCAGAUUCAGCUUGUAGCAAGAGGUAUUAAUACUUCAGAUUCCAGACUGUCGCCAAUACGAGAGACCCAGAUCAGCACUUCUACAAAAGGAGAAAUGCAACGGCAAGGCAGCGGUACUUCAGUCAUUAGACACACAAACUCUCUCAGCAGACCCAAUUCCUUUGAGACAGAGUCAAUUGACAGGGUCUCUCCUGUUGAUAGCAUGGAGAAGGAUCCUCUGAACAAACCCAAAACAGAUGUAACAGCAAGUGUCUCAGCUGACAGCUACCAUGAAAACAUGUCCAAACCCAAGAGUACCGACUACGGAAAACAAAGGAAGGAGCAGUGCACUGAUGGAGCAGCAGUCAGUGAAAACUCCACUCCUGUCCAUCAGUCUCGCCUUGUACGUCAAAACAACAUCCCUGAGAUUCUGGUGACAGAGGAGCCGGACAGAGAACAUGAAACACAAAAUACUGAGCCAAUCGAUAAGCCUGCAGAUCAGUUCAGCUGGCCUCAGAGAAGCGAGAGUUUGUCAAAGUUACCAGCAGAGAAACUUCCCCCUAAAAAGAAGAGAAUUCGUCUGGCUCAGAUGGACCACUCGUCAGGUGAAUCCAGUUUUGAGUCCAGCCUCUCCAGAAGCCUCAGCAGGGACAGUAGUCUGUCUCGUUGUUCCAGCAUAUCAGCUUCUUUUGACAGAGAUGAGCCAUCUAGGUCAGAAAGUCCUUCUAGAGGUGAGUGUGUUGGCAAAAUUCCAGAGCCUCAGUGUUUGCCAGCAGCUUUCAACACCCUUGGCGUGCCAGGAAUGAUGAGGCGUGCCGCAUCCGAACAGAUAACUUGUACUCAACCCUCUGUGGAGAUUUCAUGUGACUACCGUAGCAAGUCCUUCGACUGCGGCAAUGUAUCUCCCAGUAGAUCUGCGUCACCUGUUGGUCAGCCGAAAAGUGGACAACUCUCUCAAGCUGCCCAGGUCCCACUAAUUGAAAGGAGGCGAGGACCAUUAGUUCGGCAGAUGUCUUUAAAGAUCGGCCCGGAGAGUCAGCAGCCUGUUCGGAAAGCUGUGGUACCUCUAGAUAAACCUCUCAUGACAAAUGUUAGCUCUUUCACUCAUAAUAGAUCCCAGCAGAUUCACAUUGCCAACAGGCGCAGCGUGGCUCAGCCUUUUAUUCUGCACACUGGAGAACCACCACUACAAAAGAAUGAGCAAAUGGUGCAAAGCAUUAAUUUGGGUAGCCCAACUCAGCAGCCUCAAGUCCAUGGCCUUCCACACCCUUGGCAUCAAACAUCAAGGGUUCAGAUUUGCCAAAAGAUACAUCAACCGCUCAACCAGAUUUUAGUUUGUCGUGAAAAUGUCCAGAACAAACCAGCUGACCCUGAAGACAAGAAAUGUUUCGUGCCCAAAUACCAACUGCAGUGUCCUGCUCUGAGUGCAAGCCAAACGUUUUCAUUCUCCAGCACACAGGGAACUCAGAUAGCCUUGCCAGUUUUAACAAUUCCGAUUGCCAAUCCGAUUUUGAGCAUUUCAAAAUCAUCAGAUGUAAUUCAAAAUGUAUAUGUGGCUCAACCAAACCAACAUGCCUCUGACCUGAAGACACAGACUGUUGUUCUGUCAGGUGAACAGCAAAGGGAUCCAUUUGAUCAGACUCAAUCAGGUGUAAUACCACUGCCACAGAUCCUGAUAACUCAUGAGCAGAUGCACCCUGCUUCAUCUAUGUCAAACAAAAAUAGCCUGUCAUCCAGUCACAGUGUAGAAAGUGAGACUCAUGUUGUACCAACUGCAAAGAAGGACAGGACUCAAACAGUAGGCGCUCAUAAUCAUACUGGAGAACCAUCACCGUCUCUCGGGUCUUUGCACUGCACUCAGAAACUGGCAUCAGUGACUCUGUGUCCACAGCAGGAACCUACUGCUUCGAGUAAACGGAUGUUGUCACCUGCCAACAGCCUGGACAUCUACAUGGAAAAGCACCAGAAGCGGGCCAAGGAUGAGCAUGGGGUGGCCUGUCUAACGGAUGGCAGAUCAGUCAAUUAUCUUAAUUCUAAGAUGUCAGAGGUGACCCGACAACGGAAGCUAAUGCUUGUUAGACAGGUUUGCACAACGGAACCAGCCGACAGUCCCAUUGAAACUGAGGCCCCACCCCUGCCCCGGGUUAAAUCCGAUGGAGAGAAGGACUCCGAGGCCACUGAUGAUGUUAAACCUAUGUCACCUGAUGCUGCUGGGCUGGAUAAAGACACAAGAACUGUUAUCCACGAAGAGGCAGGCCCUGUCCUGAAUACCACACCUGGUACUCAGGGCAACUCCCUGCCAGCCAACAACACUCUAAAGCCCCAAGAGAAAGCUGAGGAACAGAGGUGGACUCCAGCCAAAUCCCCCAUUAGGCCCUCCAGCUUCCACGGUGGUCAGGUGAAACUAACCACAUCUGUGUCUGUGGUUAACACCAAAGACAGCCACCGCCUGUCUUUCCCCAGCCUGAAGACUGCCACUACUUUCACAUGGUGUUUCUUGAUGAAGAGAAAACCUCUUCAUGUUCCGCAGACGGACCUGAAGACUUCAGCAUAUGCUGCCUGGACAGUCAGCCCCAACAAUCCCAACCCGCUGGGGCUGCCCACCAAGGUGGUCAUGUCUCUGUUUGACUCCAAGCAGAGCUCCAAGAAAAUACACUACACUUCAGCCAUAAGGACCAGUGGGAAAUCGGAUAUCUUGUCUUACUCGGGCAAGCUGAAAGAUGUCAUGCCCAGGAUCCCAAUUACCCAGAAGUCUGUAUCAGUUGAAACCAGAAGUAAAGUGCAACCAGAAACUCAGGCCAGCAACGAUUCAGACAAGGACUUGGCAUCUACCACGGAACCAAGACGAGUCAAAAUAUUUGAUGGCGGAUACAAAUCUAACGAAGAGUAUGUGUACGUACGUGGGCGUGGACGGGGUAAAUACAUCUGUGAGGAAUGUGGGAUUCGCUGCAAGAAGCCCAGCAUGUUGCGCAAACACAUCCGCACCCACUCCGAUGUCCGGCCAUACCACUGUGUCCACUGCAACUUCUCCUUCAAGACUAAAGGGAAUCUGACCAAGCACAUGAAAUCCAAGGCCCACAGUAAGAAGUGCAUGGAGAUGGGGGUGCCUGAGGGUCUCAUCGACGAUCAGGAUGCGGAGGACUCUGGAGACCGCAGUCAAGUGAGCAGCGCUGACCGUCAAGAUUCAGACGGCGACGACUCCGAUGGUCCUGACGAUGAGGAGAAUGAUGACAACGAGGAGGAAGAGGAGGACAGCCAGGCAGAGUCUGGACUGUCUACCAACCCUUCUGUCUCUGCCAGCCCACAGCACAUCCCCUCCAAAGAGGCUGAAGUGCCUCCUAGUGCACUCCUUGCCCAGAUGUCCAUCAGCUCAGUGUCCCUCCCUCUGCCCCAGCCUCCACUGCCUGAAUCCCACCCAUCGUACUCUGAAUCUGUCCCCAUGAUGAGCCCCGUCUCCCUGAGCAAGCAGAUAUCCAUCUCAGGGUCCUUCCCCAACUCUCCUCCACCUGUCGCCACCACAUCAGAGUCCUACACCUCAGACACAGAGUCAGUGCACAUGAUGAGUCCAGUGUCGCCGUGCAGGCAGAUGUCCAUCGACUACCCUGACUUUGAUGUGCCCCCUAGUCCCCCAGUGCCAGGCAAGGCCUCCAAACUAGUCCAGGACAUGUCUGCCCCUCCUGCUGUGGCGACCAGUGAAUCGAGUGUACCGGUGGACCGGGGCACGCAGACCUCCUGCUAUGCUUCUCAAGUUCCUACACAUUUCCCCCUGCAGGGUGUCUCCCAGACAGCCGGAGCAGAGACCCACCUGUUCAGUCACCUGCCCCUGCACUCCCAGCAGCCCUCUCGCUCCUCUUACAGCAUGGUCCCAGUCGGGGGGAUCCAGCUGGUGCCUGCUGGCCUGGCAGCUUACUCCACCUUUGUACCCAUCCAGGCCGGCCCCGUCCAGCUCACCAUCCCAGCAGUGAGCGUCAUUCACCAGAACACAAGCCCACUGCCAGCUCCCAACACUCCCCCCCACCCGGAGAACCUGCAGACCCAGCCACUUGUGGUCCAGGAGCCAAUCAGCAGUGUUGUACCCUGCUUCCCUCUGGGGCAGGUUGCCGGCCUGCAGGCUCAAACCAUACAGCCGGUGGGUCUGGAGACACUUAACCUGAUGGGUCUGACCAACACGGGCCUGGCCUCCACACAGCUGCUGCCCCAACAAGGCCUCACCCUCAAUGCCACGCUCGGGCUGCAGGUUUUAGCUGCCAACCCCACCUCCCAAAGCAGCACCGGCCCCCAGACACAUGUCCCAGGUCUGCAGAUAGUUAACAUCGCCCUGCCUGCCAUCAUUCCCUCUCUCAGCCCUCUGUCCACCCUCAGUCCUCUCCCUGGGUCCUCUGAGCGGCAGAGCAGCCCCGAAGCUCCGGGAGCACAGCCAUCUCAAAAUGAACAUGGGUUCGGCUCCUUGCGGAGCUGCAUGCCUGCUUCACCGCCGGCCCCUUUGAAGGUCAGCAGCUCUCCAGAACUUACCCCAGGCAGCAGGGCUAGUCCUGGAGGUAACAGUGGAGCAGAGCUCACACAGACUGCAGAGAGGGAACAAAGAGACAAAUCCCCACAGCAGCAUCCAUCACCAGCUCCACAGAGUCAAGCAGACAGUCCCAAACAGUCACCCGUCGAGGGAGCUAGUGAUCCUGCACCUCUAAGACCAGCACCAGUGACCAGCUGGCAGAAGGCAAUUGAUGACUAUAAUGAGGUAUCCAGUGACGAUGAAGACAGACUGGUCAUUGCCACCUGAAAACCCCACGUGGAAAGCUCUUCUUGUUCUCUUUUUGUAAUUCUUGUCACUUUGUAAGACUGAAAACACUUUUCAGGGGUUUGUCUCUUUGCAAAUCACCUUUCAAAGCACAGAUGCUGACAUUCAUAUUGUAUGUGCAAUCAUAUGAUAAUUAUAAUGACGACCAAUCAUUUUGUUUUUACUUUUGUCAGCUCCAGACAGUUUCUUUUUUUUGUACAUGUUGUAUAGACAAUUGUGCCUUUAUGGAGUUUCUUGUUUAGGAACCUGUACAUAAUUCCUUAUUAAUUCAGUAGUUGCUUGUGUUUAUUUCAAAAAAAUAGAAGUAAAGAAAGGCAUAAGAAUGGAGGCCACAAAUUUUAUUUUGGAGGAUUUGUCAUUCGUAAAUUUAUGGAAAUAUAAAUGUUGUACUGGUAUAUGUACAUUUCUAUGGAUUAUGGGGCAAUGUUUCUGUGUACAGAUGUUGUGUUCAACUAUUUAUUAUAAUCCAUCUAGUGCCCAUUAAGAUUCAUAAGUCCAUAGGUAUGUGCAUUAUGGUAGCUUUACAUUGCUGUAUCAAUAUUCUUAACUGUAUCAGUAAACAUUUGUUUAUAAACCUUUAA